AUGAAGCCUGCUAUCCUCCUGGUCUUCAUUCUCUGCCAAGUUCUACCAGUCAGAGGCAAGUUCAAGGAAAUCUGUGAGCGACCCAAUGGCUCCUGCCAAAGAUACUGCAUUGAAACGGAGGUGUAUGUUGGACAGUGUUUAGACAACAGAUUCUGCUGCCUGCCACUUGGCAAGCAUCCCAGGAUCGAGAACACCACCCCCAGGAAUGCUCUGCAGGUUGAUGCAGUCAGGACCAGAAAACAACAGCAGGGGAAACUGGGUGGCGUAGAUGGGGAGAGCCAGACGGUGAGAGCUGGGACCACCACCACCAAAUGA